AUGCCAACUGGAAAGAUACGCGCAGUGCUGGCCGGGCCCAAGAUUCGCUCCCGCUCCCUCCGCGCUACGUCACACGGCUCCGCGACAACGUGCGACUCGUCACACCACCACCACCACCACCACCGUGCCCGCAUCGAAAUCCGCAUCACCAACCACUACGCCGCCAAAACGUACACGACGCACGCGCCCAUCACCGGCGUCGCCGUUCUCAGCGUUCCCCGCGAUACGCCCUUUGACCGCAUCGCCAUCCAGCUCGCCGGCUUCGCCGCCACGCGCAACUACAUGACGCCCGAGAUUGACCAGGUGCUGCACCACUUUCUGCUCCUCGACAUGCCACCCCCGCCGCCCGGCACCGCCCUGCCACCCCGGGAUCACGUCCUCCGCGCCGGCCAGACCUACGCGCUGCCGUUUCACUUUGUCGUGCCUGAGCGGCUGCCGAUCGGCUCGUGCGGGCACCGUUGCGAGCACGCCUCGGUGCGCGAGCACCACCUGCGGCUGCCGCCGACGACGGGCGCAUGGGGCGAUCGCGACGACGGGAGCCCGGAGACGGCGCGCGUGCAGUACUGCGUCUCGGUCGCCGUGCUGCAGCAGAGCGCGUAUGUCGGCGAGGAGCCCGUCUGCGUGCUGCGCGGGCACCACGAGGUCCGCGUCCUGCCCGUGUACCCAGAGGACGCGCCGCUGGAUAUCGAGCAUGGCGCCGGCCAAAAAUGGCCCGAGUACAAGCUCGCGGCAUCCAAGACGCUGCGAAAGUCGCUCGUGGCGCGCAAGCUGGGCGUCCUGAGCGUCGAGGCGGCGCAGCCCUCGGUCGUCCUAUUGUCGUCGGAUGCGCGGCAAGCGUCUUCGGCGCGGAUAGCCCUCACGCUGCGAUUCACCCCGGCGAGGAGUGUGCAGGGCGCCGCCGACGAAGAAGCGUCACUGCCUACGGUGCAUUCCAUCUCGGCCAAGCUGGUCGCCAAGACGUUUUACAACACUUCGCACAUGGGCGCCUUUCCGGACCGCCCUUGCAGACACGAGCUCAACUUUGGCGCGUCCAUGCACUACUCGGACUCGCGGCGGACAGCAGACGUGCCGUUUACGUGGGCCGCCGGCGGCUGGCAGCGGCACCACAAGCAGGUGGACCAGCCCACGGCGUGGGCGGCCACAGUCGAAGCUGCGUUUCAGCUGCCCGCCGACCACAAGAGGAUUCUGCUACCCAGCUUCCACAGCUGCUUGUUGUCACGGAUAUACAUACUGCGCUUGGCGCUCUCCCUAGGCCCCGGACAUGGCAGCGUUACGCUGUCGUUGCCGUUGCAAGUGAUUGUGCAGGGCGACCUGUCGGUUCCGCGGCACCUUGUUGGUCCGGAGCGCGGGGACGUGGGUGUUGCACUGCCGAGCUACAUGGAUCACCUGUUUUUGCAAAAUCGGUUUGAUGACGAAAUGAACACACACAUGCCUCUUGCAGUAGGUAUAAUAAUAUAA